GAUGAUCUUACGGAGGAGGAUCUUGAGUGUCUGCGCCCGUUUGCGCUCAAGGUGGAUACACAUAUGCCUGGGAAGACAUUCGAGAAGCUUGCAUACACAUUCCCACAUGCUCGUCUGUCAUCUUGGAAGGCUAUCCAAUCCCGAGUCGCCCAGCUCUCAGGAUUUGAGCCCGAACUGUAUCACUGCUGUGUCAAUUCAUGCUGCUGUUUUGUCGGCCCACAUAGUGAUCGUGAAACUUGUCCGUACUGCGCCGAAGCCCGCUUUGAUGCCAAACAUUGUCCUCGAAAACUCUUUGUCUAUCUUCCAAUCACACCCCGCCUGAAAUCCUAUCUUGCCAACCCCGAUAUGGCCAAGAGGAUGGAGCAUCGGGGACGGGACUACGAGCACAACCCCGACGUCAUCAGAGAUGUCUACGACUCCUCUCACUACCGGAACCUUCGGAACAAGAAGGUUGUGGUCAAUGGACGUGAGCUCCCCCAUCGCUUCUUUGAAGAUCCACGAGACAUUGCCCUGGGCCUUUCCACGGAUGGAUUUGCACCUUUCCGUCGACGCACCAAGACC